AUGAGGAUCAGGACUACACCUGCCCCCACUGCGACCGCACCUUCACCUCACACAUCGGCCUGCUCGGUCACUUGCGAAUCCAUCGCACUGAGACUGGCGAACCAGUGUCUGGAGCACCAACCUACACCCACCGCACUCGCCAUCCACUGCCCACACUGCCCUCGCACCUUCACGCAUCGCAUGGGCCUAUUUGGCGACAUGCGCAUUCACGAGAGCGCGAUUGACCACAAUUCCGACACACCCACCACAUUUACCACACCCACCAGGCCCAUCACCACCUUCGCUCCAUCGCCACACGCGCCCAUCACCAACACCAUCACCAACAGCACCACCACCACCACUACCACCACGAAGACCGCUGCUUCCUUUACAGCUGACACCCACAACGCCGACCUCUCAUGCCCACACUGCCCACGCACGUUCACCUCACGCAUCGGCCUGCUCGGUCACUUGCGAAUCCAUCGCACAGCGGCUGGCGAACCAGUGCCUGAAGCACCAACUUACACCGAGCCAGGCGUUGGCGGCCCGCCCAGGUGCGGCUUCGGCCGUGCCAGCCUCCAAAUCUCUGUUGUGUUGGUUGAAAUCCUGGUUAUUUGUUGUGUGGACCAGAGGGUGUGGUGGAACGCCAAGGUGAGGAUCCGUCCGAGCCAUCCACCUGCGCCCUCCCUCGUCUUUGGUCUUCCUGACUCUGUCUUGACACCGGGCCCCGGAGGGGGAGGAGGCGAGAGUGUAAGUAGAUGCAGCGCAAGUCUACCCGCACCAUAAACCCUUGCGCAAGUCACCGUCCCUGCUCCCACCGUUGCAGCUGCAGCUGUGGGGCAUACGGUGGACAUCAUCGAAACCGAUGGUCGAACUGUGGUGUGUGUGUGUGUGUGUGUGUGUGUGUGUGUGUGUGUGUGUGUGUGUGUGUGUGUGUGUGUGUGUGUGUGUGUUAGGUGCCCUCCAAACGGGCCACGUGUUAGAUGCGCUGGACCAACACGGGGGCCACAUCGGACUCUCGCGGGCGUUAUCUUUGCGUAAUAACAAAUGCCAACAUUUGCGUGGUGCGCUGGCGGACCCUGUUGUCGGCAUUCGUCGCACAACUGGACCACUGCCUGCACCCCAUUGUUUUGUGGUCAAAAUCCUGGUCUUGGUGUGUGGACCAGGGGUGCGGAGUGGAGCGCCAAGGCGAAGACCCGUCCGAGCCAUCCACCUGCGGCCUCCCUCGUCUCCGGUCUUCUUGACUCUGUCUUGACACCGGGCCCAGGCGGGGGAGGAGGAGAGAGUGUAGGUAGAUGCUAUGCAAGUCUACUGGCACUAUAAACCCCUGCGUAAGUCACCGUCCAUGCUCCCACAAUGCAGUCUGUGGGGCACACGGUGGUCAUCGUCGAAAUCGACGGACGAACUGUCGUGUGUGUUAGGGGGGUAUCGACCCAGAGACAGGAGGAUUGCGCACUAUCAACUCGGUCUUCACGCCGUCUAACUGCGACUGUUGCUCCGAAUCAAGCCUGCUCUUCGUAUAAGCUCUGUGUAAUAGCAGGCGAUUCGAAUGUUUAUUUUGGAUUGAGGACUUCCUGCCGCUCCAUGUUACUUGCAGUGUGCUGUAAAGCCCCUUGUCCAUCAAAAUUACUUAAAGGCAAAUGAAAGAAAUAUUCCUCUAGGCAUGGGCUAGCGGUUUGAUCCUGGGAAGGUUUAACGUCAGUGGGGUAAGUGCGAGAGCAAGAAUCCGCGAUUUGAGGCAGAGAUUCAAGCCUCAGUUUCCAAAUCCGCGUGAUUGGAAGGACGUUCACUAAGACUGCUAUAAAUUCCUUGGCUGCACGUCGACAAGGUGCCGCGUGCAAGUGCGGUUUACCGGGACCCCAAAUUUAAUCGGAAGGUGUACAGUGAGUUUUGUAGGAAAGCCAGACGUGUGAACACCCCUCCAUGUGUGCGGAAAUGUAGACACCAAACUGAUUGUUUUAAUAUACUGCUGAGGUUUACGCUCGUAUCGAUUACGAUUUUCUCAAGUGCCAAAUUUCCCAAGGAGUCACCGCAAAUAUCCGAGGUAGCUAGGCAGUGUGAAAGGAGUUGUACCUGACCGUAAAUUUACGAUAAUGUCAGAUGUGUGUGUGGGAUUUGAUAGCAGUAAAUUCAUACUUGAACGGAUGCUUUUCCUGGAGAUAAGGAGAUCGAGUGGGAGGAGGAGGAGGAGAGGGAGGGGGAAGGAUAGUUGAAACCCGUGGAUUAUGAUUAACGAGGGUUCUUAGAAUACCUUUGGAAAUAGCUAUCGUGCCUACCUGUCUGUCGCCUUACUUAUCACAUCAUUUGCAUACUUUGUCCAGACAUGCCUCAAAGGAUGAUUACGUACGUGAGGUUGCAAACAGCGAGAAUCCGCGUCCGUUUUCGUCGAUGUAUGCACACGUUAUAACUGUCAACGUAGACAUCAUCCAGAUAUGCGCUUGAAUAGGUGCCAAAUGCAUUUUUAAAUAACCAUUUCCGAUAUGAGUAGAUUUACGGAACGAAACUUUUGAGAGUUCAAAUUUCAAAGGUAAAUUAUCUAUCAGAAAGCACGCGAAGAACAACGUGAUAAUAUGAGUCUCAUUGGAGUCCGCCUGCUUCUCCUGCGAAGUAAUUUCGACCACAUCGUCGGCAUCUACGCCCAAGGAGCAAAUUCUACGAAGACCGGCAAGCUCCCCAGGCGUCUGUAUGGAAGGCGGACAAGUUGACUGUCCUCUGUCGCCUUCAAAGUCCGCGUCGGCACAGACCGUGUGGCCUCGACCGGAGGGCUGGGCCGUUAUAGCCUAGAGGACUCCAACGACAAUGGCCUCCUUAUCCAACGAACCUGCGCAGAAUAUCAGCUCAUCCUGAGCAACACCUUCUUCCUCAUUCCGAUGCGAGAUAGGGCCACCUGGAUGCACCCUCGAUUGCAAAAUUGGCACCUUCUGGACUACGACCAUGUCCGGAGGCGAGACCAGCGGGACAUACUGGUGACAAAUGGGAUCCCGGGUGCCAACGGCUGGACCGACCAUCGCCUCGUCAUCUGCAAGAUGUGGAAUCGCCUACAGCCUCGUGGGAAGCCUCAAGGUAAGCGACGUCCAAGAAAAGUUGAAUAUUGCUUUGUUGUGUUUGCCUGCUCACCAUCUCCCUUUCAGCAAUGAACUAGCCCAAACUCUGGCCAACCCUCCAGUCGCCGACGCCGCCGUCUCCGCCAACGAGAACGCCUCCGUGGCGAAACGGUGGUGCCAACGACGGGACAAAGUCCAGGCGACCGUCUUGAUCGUCCUCGAUCGCGCAAGUCGGCAAAGUCAGGACUGGUUCGAUGACAUUGACGACAUCAGCAAACUGGUCGCCGAGAAGGAGAGCCUGCACAAAGCCUUCGUCGACCGCGACACACCGACGAAAACAAAGCAGCCAUCUACCGCAGUCGCCGCCAUUCAUGACAGCGGCUGCGGUAGAUGUAGGAGUCCUGGAUGA